UAAUUGACAAAUUAAAAUAAAUAAAACAUUUAUUUAAACAUUUUGUUUAGAUAGAAAUAAUUUGAAAUAGCGAGGAACGGUUUGGCGGCUGUUCUUGUCUGCAGACUUUAAUACGAAAGGAACAAUAGGAAAUUAUUUAAUUAUUAAUAAAAAGUAGUGCUAUCAUACAAACAUAUGGAAUAAUUCAUAAGAUAUUCGGAAAUAAUCUGCAGUGUCCAUCUUUCAUCGCGAUUACAUGAUGAGUGCAAAGGAUUCUAAUACGGCUUUCACAAUAAGCACUUUUAAUUUAACAUGUAAUAUCAAAGAAACAAAAAGACUUGACGAUGAAUACGAUCCUUUCGUUUAUCGUGAUCAGAAAUCGGGCACUUCCACAAGAGAUGCUUUUUUGCAUCUUUUAAAGAGCUCUUUAGGUACUGGCAUUUUGGCCAUGCCAAUGGCUUUUCUUAACGCUGGAAUAGUAUUCGGAUUAGUUGGUACUCUGUCCGUGGGUCUUCUAUGCACCUAUUGCGUACAUAUUUUGGUGCAAACUUCACACGGUAUUUGCCGUAAGAUACGUGUACCAUUUUUGGGUUUUGCUGAAACCGCUGAAAAGGUGUUCCAACACGGACCUCUAUCUCUUAGGAAAUGGUCAAAUUUUGCCAAGCAAUUUGUUGACGGUUCAUUGAUGGCCACUUAUUAUGCCGCCGCUUGUGUUGACAUUGUUUUCAUAGCGACCUCGUUUCGUGAUGUCAUCAAUUGUGAUUUAGAUCUUAAUUGGCAAAUACGGUUUUAUAUCGCUCUGACGCUAAUACCAUGCUUGUUUAUUGGACAGAUACGGGAUUUAAAAUGGCUUGUACCAUUUUCCGCCAUAGCCAAUUUGUUCGUUAUAGUCACUUUUGCAAUUACAUUGUAUUAUAUGUUCAAUGAGUCGUUGGUGUUUGAUGAUAAACCAUAUAUAGCUAAAGCAUCACAAUUACCGUUAUUCUUUGCUACUGUGAUAUUUGCUAUGGAAGGUAUUGGUGUGGUUAUGCCUGUCGAAAAUUCCAUGAAGACACCGCAACAUUUUCUGGGUUGUCCGAGUGUUUUAAACAUGGCUAUGCUGAUCGUUGUUACCUUGUAUGCAACAAUUGGUUUCUUCGGUUACAUCACCUAUGGAUCGGAAGUACGUGGCAGUAUUACUUUAAAUUUACCCUAUGGUGCACCUUUAGCUGAUGCUGCUAAAAUAUUAAUGGCUCUAGCGAUACUCUUCACUUUUGGCUUGCAAUUCUAUAUACCGAACGAUAUUUUGUGGAGUAAAAUCAAGCAUAAAUUUGAUCCGAAAAGUCAUAAUAUCGCACAAAUAUUACUAAGGACAGGUAUUAUACUGAUAAGUGGUGGUGUUGCGGCAGCCAUACCGAAUCUUGAACCAUUUAUUAGCUUGGUGGGUGCAGUGUUCUUUUCAUUGCUGGGUAUUUUCGUACCCAGUUUUGUUGAGACCGCCUUUUUAUGGCCCAAUCACUUAGGUUGCUUUAAAUGGAAAUUAAUUAAAAAUGUUAUUCUGUGUAUUUUAGCAAUUUUGGCUUUAAUUGCGGGAGCUACUGCCAGUAUUAUUGAAAAAAUAAACAUAAACAACGAUGUUCCAGAAAACAUUGCACAAUGUCAUGCCUAUGAGUAGAAAUGUGCCUGGAUCUAAUUAGGUUUUUUCUUUCAUUAUACUAGUAUAUCUUUUUUAAGUAAAAAGUAUCUUCAGACAAUCAAGUGCAAUUAUUGUACUUAAUAAUAGAGGCUAAAAAGUUCUUGAUCUUAUUUUAUUUAUAAUACAAUGCCGCAUAACUCUUUGAUCAGAUAACGAUUUCUAAUCGUUAAAUCUCAAGCUUACUGAAUCACGCUUGCAGUCUUGGUUUGACGUGGAUCGACUAGCAAAAAAUAUACAUAGGAUUAGAAGUAAGCACAAGGUGAGCUCCCGUACAACUUGAUCGUUUAGAUUUGAGUAGAACGAGAGAAAAAAGCCCAUAUGAACAAAUAGAUAAUCAUGUAUUGUUAAAAUGAUUAAUUGUGCGGAAAUUUUCAUCGAAUGCGUGUCUAGUCGAACUUCAUUUUCAAUAAUUUCAGCUAACGGAAAAUUAUGCCGUCACGUCAACACGUAAUAGAUGUAACCCCAGCAACGAAUGGCUGCGGAGACGUUAGUGCCAGAUAAAAUGCUUACUGAUGGCGUUGAUCAAUUACCUGAGUUACUCAUCAAUGCGUGUGCUUUGCAAUGCUUGAUAUUCUCGCUUCUGAUGAAACACGUGACCGAAUGAUAUUAUUUUCUUGUUGAGACCGUUUUGUGAAUUACGUUUCGAAGCCUUACUUAUAAAUUUGUGACAUCGCACACACUUUCGCGUAGACCUAUACUAUUUGCUAUUCCCAUUAAACGUUUUACGCACUCGAAUAUUUUUUAAAUUUGAGGCCAGUUUAGUGAAAAAAUUUGUACACAUUAUUAAAGUGAUGCUUGGCUAAGAGAACCAGAGACAACAAAAUACAUAGAUUCUCCAACAUUUUGUUCAAAAUUGAGGCACUUUUUCCUCA